CUCACCGGGAGAGAGAGAGCUCGUCGACUGUCCGACGUGGCAGAACUCUUCCCCCUCAACUCUCUCUCUGGCCAACUUAUAUUCAUUCUUUUCCUCUUGAUAAUACAAAGCUAAUUCUCUCUUCUUCGGGUAUACAUUGAUUCUGCUUGACCUUUCCUCUCUCCCUCUUCCUCUAUCUACAUGUUUGAUUUCGGUCUCUCCAUCUUCACCCUUUAAUUCUGCGACUCUUUGGAUCUCUCUCCCAUAUUGCUUUUAUUCGGGUUUUCUUGACUGCUGAUUCUUGGCAUAACCUGAAUCCUAUUUUUGUUCUUUACCUUAACAUUACACCUCCUUCAACCAUUUCACAAUCUUUAUUUACCCUUCCCUACAAACAACGUCUUCAUCUUUCCCUCUCUUUCGCCUUGGAAAAGUUUUCUCCAAAGUUCUUGGACAUCAACAUGUUCGACGGAAUCUUAAAGUCCAAAUUCUACUCGAAAUGCAAAUCGAAUCUAAAGCUGGUAAAUACUCGGCUUGAGGGGAUAAUGAAGAAGAGGAAAGCGGUGCAGAAGUAUUUGAAGAAUGAUAUUGCUGAUCUUCUCAGGAGUGGCCUUGACAUCAAUGCCUAUGGCAGGGCUGAAGGGCUUCUAGUCGAGCAAAACAUGUCAACCUGUUACGAAUUCAUUGAGAAGCUCUGUGGGUGUAUCUCCAGUCAUCUCUCCGUCAUGCACAAACAGAGGGAUUGCCCUGAGGAGUGUAAAGAAGCUGUAGCAUCUUUGAUAUAUGCUGCAGCAAGAUUUGCUGAUUUGCCUGAACUACGUGACCUCCGAGCUAUGUUUACUGAGAAAUAUGGAAAUUCCCUCGAAUCCUUUACAAGUAAAGAGUUUGUUGCGAAAUUGAGGUCAAAUCCUCCUACAAAGGACAUGAAGCUUCAGUUACUGCAAGACAUUGCACAAGAAACUAAUAUAGAAUGGGAUAGCAAGGGUUUGGAACAAAAACUCUAUACUAAGCCCAAACAAGAGAAUCCUAAAUGUGGAUCUUCAAGCGAUGAUGAUGACAAAUGGCAGAAAAACAAGGACGAUGGAGUGCCAGACCAAUAUAAACAGAAGGCUGGGAGCAUACUGAGCAAUGGAAGAGGUUUUAUUACAAACAGAAAUGAUAGAUACGGGAUGCCUACCAGUAGUGAAGAUGAGACAACGACAGAUUUAUCCAAGAAUUCUUCAAGUUCAGUUGGAAGUGUUUCUGAGGAUGAAGUAGAAAGUAAGAGGCCGUUGUCCUACAAAUCUCUGUCUCCACCUUAUCAUAAAAAGAGAGCUGACAAAAAUGAAAGCAAUUCAGUGGAACCCGCAAAAUUUAAAAGUCAUGCGGAUGAGGAGGAAGCUCGACGUGUAAACGAACCUGUCAUUGACGAUAAGCCAAAACCAAAGUCAGUUAGGAGAAGAAACUUGAAACCACCACCAGGAUAUGGUGUUACGGAGAUAGAUUCUUCUGUAACAAAACAAGAAGAUGCUAGACAAGAAUCAGAUGGUGAUUACAGGAGGAGGAAUAGAACCACCUCUGUUUUGGAUCCUCCACUUGCUAGAGCAGCAUCUACUCCACUAGAAUUAACUUCAACCGAGGCAACAAAAAGGCAUGUUCGAGCCAGUUCCUUGCAACCAGAGAUGCUGAGCAUUGCUGGGCAUGUGCAUCCUAAACUACCAGAGUAUGAUGAGUUGGCAGCUCGGGUUGCAGCUCUCAGGGGAAGAUGAAAGAUGACAGAAUUAGAAACUAAGAAAGCAAUUCUUUCCAUUCUAUAUUUCGUCUUGUUAUAUUCUUUACCUGCUAUAUGUCGAUCAUGGAACUGCUUUAUGAUGUGUUCUCCUAUUAACCGCUACGGGGGCAACCAAAGCAAAGCAACUAAUAUUGUCUGCAACUAGCAGGCAUCACAAGGGUUUGCUUUACCAUUUCGCAAGCAACAACAUGCUGAAAAAAUCGGUGUUUGGGCAUUCUAAGCUACUAGAUUCCUAUUAAAAUCUGAAAGUAGUUUCAUUCUUCUUCCUUUUCUUUGUUAGUAUUUCCAUGUAUUCUAUUCUCAUAGAGAAAUUCCUUGAAUAGUCAUUGUGGGAUUGCUCUC